AUGCUAGGGCGUGAGACUAAAGUAGUUAUCCGUUACUUUGCAAGGCGCAGUAUUGCUCAGGCGCCGGGCAAUAGUCCACGGGCUGCCGAGAACGAACAGUGGCUGCAUAGUUUGGCGGAACAUGCGCCGAGCGAGAGAAAUAGAGAAGGCUUCGUCUCGGACGGUAUCCGCGAGCAACGGGUAGAGGUGCAGACAGGCCCUGGAGGGUUGAAGUACCACGUGGAACCGGGACAGAACGACAGCGGCUACCUGAAUGUGCGAUCGCCGCUGGAAAACUUCGUUUCGUCGAAUUACCUCGGCGAUGGUGGGCGGCGAGUUGCGUUGAGCAACUUCGUGGACGUACGCAUAGUCCGCUGUAAGAGUGGCAGCGGGGGCAACGGCGCGGUAUCUUUCUUUCGUGACGCUGGCCGGGCAAUCGGCCCCCCAGACGGCGGCGACGGCGGCGACGGCGGCGGUGUAUAUGUGCAGGCGGUGCCUGGACUGACAACGCUGGCAAAGCUGAAGUCCACCUAUGAGGCCCAUGAUGGAAAGAAUGGCGGUGGCGUGCAGCUGGACGGUGCCCGCGGUCGCGACGUGCUGAUUCAGGUGCCUGUGGGUACCGUGGUGAAAUGGUGCAUGGAUCCGAAGGUCAUCCGCGAGUACCUCGCUGAAAAGCAGGUCAAGGGCGACACCGAUAUUCGCAGCACACUACAGUCUGCCACCAUAAAAUUGCCUUGUAUAGGGAGGUAUGCGUACGACCGCCAGCCUCGUUUCAUUCAGCUGUUUCGGAAGUCGUACGAACCCGGUGAGGGGUGGAUCUUCAAAGAAAAGGGCGAGGAGUACCACCAGGAAAAGGAUUGGUGGCAGGCGUUGAACAAGAAGGUCCGCCACCAUGACGCUGAGCUGACAGAAAUGGAGUUGGACCAGGACACCUUUCCUCUCUUUGGUUUAGAUUUGGACAAACCAAUGUCCACACCUCUUUGCCUGCUGCGCGGCGGCAAAGGCGGUUUAGGGAACAUGCAUUUCCUGACGAAGCUAAUUCGUAACCCGCGUUUUGCGAAAAGAGGCCGUAAUGGUCUGGAACAGUUUUUCAUGUUUGAACUGAAGACGGUGGGCGACCUGGGACUAGUCGGUCUGCCCAACGCAGGCAAGUCUACUAUCUUGAAUCGCAUCUCGGCAGCGAGGCCGAGAGUAGGGCAUUGGGAGUUCACCACUCUUGCACCUACUGUUGGAACUGUCUCCCUGGGGAUAGACAAGCCCACCUUUACCGUGGUUGACAUACCUGGCAUUAUAAAGGGCGCUGCGCAGGACAAAGGAAUGGGAUUGGAGUUUAUCAGGCACAUCGAAAGGUCAAAGGGCUGGGUAUUCGUCAUCAGCUUGGAAAAGAAUCAGCCAAUUGCAGACCUCCAUACCUUAAUUGGAGAGCUCGGUGGCUUAGAGAAGGUCAGCUCGAAAAAGGUAUUGGUGGUCUGCAAUAAGGCUGACAUAGACUACGACAAGCCGGAAUCUCAGCUAAAGUACGAGCGAGUCAAGCAGUUCUGUGACGAAAACUUGUGGGAUUGUAUACCAAUAUCCGCACUAAAAGCUGAAAAUAUCGAAUUACUACUAGAUCGUAUGGCGAUGUGUGCUGGCAAAUCUUGA